AUGUGGAACAUUGUGUCACAUUCUUCGAUUCUUAUUGUUACUGUUAUUGUCCUUAUUUUUAUACAAAUCGUUCAAGCAGUUGACAGAAAUAAUUUCAAGAAAUGUGAACAGUCUGGUUUUUGCAAGCGGCAUAGAACACAAAUAGAGAAAGCGAAUUAUAUAGUAAAUGCGGGAAGCGUUACAUAUAAUGGUUCAGCGGUGGUUGCGGAUUUAGAAAGUAGGAUUAAUAAAUUGAAAUUGAGUGUCAUAUCAUUGAAUGAUGAAACAAUAAGAGUAUUAAUUGAUGAAAAAGAACCAUCGAUACGAUCACGAUUCCAGCCUUUAGACGCCUUAAAGAAUGGAAGCAAUUUGAAAACUGCCGACUUUAAAUCGGUGAAAGUCAACAACAAUUCAACCGUUAUGAUCACAUCGAACAAUGCAAAAGUGUUACUGAAUUACGAACCGUUCCGAAUUGACUUAUUCAUGAAAGAUGAAUUAGUUAUGAGUGUUAAUCCCAACAGCGCAUUGAAAUUUGAGCAUUUUAGAAAAAAGGAAGAUGGAAAUGAAACAGAAGCAGCAGAAGGCUUCUGGGAAGAGAAUUUUAAAAAUCAUCACGAUUCUAAACCGUUCGGAUCAAGUUCUGUCGGCGUUGAUUUGUCUUUUAUUGGUUAUAAAUUCAUAUAUGGUUUACCCGAACAUGCGGACAGUUUUCCCCUGAGAUCUACAACAUCAAUGGAUCCUUAUCGAUUAUAUAAUUUAGAUGUUUUUGAAUUUGAAGUUAAUGAACCCAUGUCUCUUUAUGGUACGGUACCUUUUUUGUUAGCUCAUAACAAGGAGCAUUCAUUAGGCUUACUAUGGUUAAAUGCUGCCGAAACAUGGAGUAUUCUGCGUUCACUUGUCGAGAAAUUCAAAAACUCUGUAGAUUUGCCACAGAUUGAUGUUCAUUUCAUGUCGGAAUCUGGUCUCAUUGAUUUUUUCUUAAUGUUGGGUCCAAAACCUAAUGAUAUAUUCAGACAAAAUUCUGGACUGACUGGAGUUUAUCCAUUGCCACCGUUGUUUGCACUGGCUUACCACCAGUGCAGAUGGAAUUAUAAUGACGAGGGCGACGUUCUUGAAGUACAUGCGAAUUUUGAUAAGCACGAUAUACCAGUAGAUGCUAUUUGGCUUGAUAUUGAACAUACUGAUGCGAAACGAUACUUCACAUGGGAUCCCAAUAAAUUUUCAAAACCAAAAGAAAUGAUCGAUAGCUUAGUAGCAAAAGGACGCAAAAUGGUUACAAUCAUUGAUCCUCACAUUAAAAAGGAUGAUAAUUACCACAUAUACAAAGAAGCAAAAGAACUUGGUUACUUUAUAAAGGAAAAGAAUGGUGAAAACUACGAAGGACACUGUUGGCCAGGUGCAUCGACAUAUCUCGAUUUUCUGAAUCCUGCAGUUCGUAAUUUUUGGGCAAAUAAAUUUGCUUUCGAUCAGUAUGUUGGCUCAACGGAAGAUCUGUUCACGUGGAAUGAUAUGAAUGAGCCAUCAGUGUUCAGUGGUCCAGAAGUAACAGUGCACAAAGAUGCUAGACAUUUUGGCGAUUGGGAGCAUCGUGAUGUCCACAACAUCUAUGGUUUUUAUCACCAUUCAUCAACUUAUCUCGGUCAUAUGGCGCGUACAAAUGGUCGCAAACGACCAUUUAUUUUGACCCGAUCAUUUUUUGCUGGGAGCCAACGUACAACAGCUGUAUGGACAGGUGAUAAUACAGCAACCUGGGAACAGUUAAAAAUAACAGUACCAAUGCUACUCUCAUUAUCCAUUUCUGGCAUACCGCAUGUUGGCGCUGACGUUGGUGGUUUCUUCGGUAAUCCGGAUGAGCAACUUUUAAUACGUUGGUACCAGGUUGCUGCUUUCCAGCCAUUUUUUAGAUCUCAUUCCCAUAUUGACACGAAGCGCAGAGAGCCAUGGUUAUUCUCAGAUAACACAAAAUUAUCAAUUCGACAAGCAAUUCGAACUCGUUAUUCUUUCCUGCCUUACUGGUACACUUUGUUUUACGAACAUACUCUCACUGGAAAACCACCAAUGAGGCCAUUAUGGUCCGAAUUUCCGGAUGAUGAAGAUGCAUUUGAUGAGGAACGUGAAUGGUUAGUAGGUCCCGGCUUACUUGUACGUCCAGUAAUGGAUCCAGAUAUUCAAUCCGUCUCAUUAUAUCUGCCGGGUAAAAGAAACGUAAUAUGGUACGGAUGGCAUGAUCAUAAGGGUCGUGUAGCUCCUGGUGCAGUUUACGUGAAUACGCCAAUCGAUGUAAUACCGUUAUUCCAGCGAGGUGGUACUAUCAUUCCAACAUGGGAAAGAGUACGACGAGCUUCGUUACUGAUGUUUCAGGAUCCUAUUACAUUAUAUAUUGCACUCAACUUUAAUGAUGAUUAUGCAAAUGGAACAAUUUAUAUGGACGAUGGGGAGACAUUUGAUUACAAAAAUGGCCAAUACUUCUACUGGGGCUUCUUCUACACGAAAGAAGGCGAUCAGUUGCAUUCAAUUUCAUCGAAAAAUUUGGAUAAAAGAGGAAAAUUAGAAAGUGAUGCUAUUAUAGAAAAGAUUAUAAUACGAGGUGUUCGAUAUUAUCCGACGAAUGUUCAUAUAUAUUUAGAUGAUUGGAAUCCAGAAACUGCUGAUUACACGCAUGAUCGCGAUGCUCAAGUCCUCAUUAUUCGAAAACCGAAUGCUCUAUUAACACAGGAAUUCAGAAUUGAUAUUCACAUGUAA